AGGAAACAUUUCUUUUGUUGUUAAUUCCUGCUAUCUUAAGAGCAUUCCGUUUAAAGAGAAUCCAAGUAAAACAACAAGAACAACUAGCAAGCCUGAUAUAAAGAGUGGGCGUGGCUGCUUAAAUUACCGAAGAAUGGCAUAUUAUCCACAGUUUAUUGUAAGAAACUUGGAAGAUUACUAUCAGUAUAUACCACAGUACGGUCAACGUGUUCCAACCGCAACAUCACCAAGCAAUACAAAUUCAAGCAGCUCAUCAAAUACUGGAUCCCAAAGUGGAACAUUAAGUACUAGUCUAAGUAAUACCAAUACAAAUACAACAAUGGGUCCUAAUAAUGGUACAACACAAAAUCAACAAGGCGAACAAUUGUCAAAAACAAAUUUAUAUAUUAGAGGUUUACAGCAAGGCACAACCGAUAAAGAUUUAGUUACUAUGUGUGCACAAUAUGGAACUAUUAUAUCCACCAAGGCUAUUUUAGAUAAAACAACAAAUAAAUGUAAAGGUUAUGGUUUUGUGGACUUUGAAUGUCCUGCAUAUGCUGAAGGAGCUGUCAAAGGACUACAGGCAAAGGGCGUUCAAGCUCAAAUGGCCAAAGUGGGUGUUUGGGUACUACAUAGGCCGGCCAUUGUACGUUUGUUUGCAUGCAAGUAAUACUCACCCCCCACCCUCACCCCUUUUUCUUUUUUUGUUUUUAGUUUUUUUUUCCUAACUCAUUUCUUGUUUUGUU